GCAGAAGCACAGAAGAAGAUCGAGAAAUUGUAUACGGAAGUCAACAUGUAUUCAUGUAUGCUUCGUGGUGUGAAUAGGCUUUAAAUCAUCACAUAGACUCGAGAGAUUGCGAGUGAAUAGCUGUACCAUGACGCUUGAUGUUCUGAAACGAUGUGUAAACACCUACCAAGUGCAACGUGAUAGUUAAGCGGGAUCAAGAAGUGCCAGGAAGAUUGUCAGAAUGGGACAGCGGAAAACGACUAGCUCUCGAGCACAUCCCCGCACACCUGACACUUGUUCUGCGCGCACGGGUGCUCUCAAAGCAGACGGCGACGGCCCGGUGGCGGUGAAACACAGCAUCUGUAUGGUGUCGGACUUCUUCUACCCGAACAUGGGCGGUGUGGAGAGCCACAUCUACCAGCUUUCCCAGUGUCUCCUGGAGAAGGGACACAAGGUCGUCAUAGCAACGCACGCCUACGGCGACCGGCGUGGAAUCCGCUACCUGACCAACGGGCUGAAAGUGUACUACUUACCUCUGCAGGUGAUGUAUAACCAGUCGACAGCCACCACCUGCUUCCACAGUUUGCCUCUGCUCAGGUGUGUGUUCGUGCGGGAGUGCGUGACGGUGGUGCACGCUCACAGUUCCUUCUCGGCGCUGGCGCACGACGCGCUCUUCCACGCCAAGACCAUGGGUCUGAACACGGUGUUCACCGACCACUCCCUGUUCGGCUUCGCCGACGUCAGCUCGGUGCUGACCAACAAGCUGCUGACGGUGACGCUGUGCGACACCAGCCACGUGGUGUGCGUCUCCUACACCAGCAAGGAGAACACCGUGCUGCGCGCCGCCCUCCCGCCCGACCGCGUCUCCGUCAUCCCCAACGCCGUCGACCCCGCGCAGUUCACCCCCGCCGACCCCGGUCGCCGCGACGACGCCCGCAUCACCGUAGUGGUGGUGAGCCGCUUGGUCUACAGGAAGGGGAUUGAUUUACUAGGCGGGAUCAUUCCAGUGCUUUGUGCAAAGCACCCUGAUCUCUGCUUUCUGAUUGGUGGAGAGGGACCCAAAAGAAUAGUUCUGGAGGAAGUGAGGGAGAAGUACCAGCUGCACGACCGGGUGCGUUUGCUGGGGGCACUGGACCAUAAGGACGUGAGGGAUGUGCUGGUCCAAGGCCACAUCUUCCUCAACACCUCCCUGACCGAGGCCUUCUGCAUGGCCAUCGUGGAGGGCGCCAGCUGUGGUCUACAGGUGGUUAGCACGCGUGUUGGGGGUAUUCCUGAGGUUCUUCCCGAUGAGUUGGUGACAUUGUGUGAGCCCACCGUUCGGUCGCUAUGUGAGGGCCUGGAGACGGCCAUCGCUAGGCAACAGGAAGGCAGCGUCCCCUCCCCGGAGACCAUCCACAAGCAGGUGCGCGCCCUCUACACCUGGAGGAACGUGGCCGACCGCACGGAGAAGGUGUAUGACCGUGUCGCUGGGCAGGAGGUGUUGUCGUUGGACCGGCGUGUCCUGCGCCUGCGCUCUCACUGCGGCUCCGUGGCGGGUUCCGUCUUUGCGUUCUUCGCCGUGCUGGACUUCCUCUUCCUGCUGCUGCUGGGCUGGCUCAUCCCCGAUGAUGUCAUAGACGUCGCCGUGGACGCGUCCGGCCCCAACAGCCGUUGGAGGCGGGACGUGAUCAAAAAAAAGAACUGAGAAGCCAAUCACAGCACCACAUCCCCACCUAUGACCAAUCACUGGCGAGACCUACAUCGUGUGUGUUUGCUGUUCCUUCCUCCUCCUCUCU